UAUCAUGACUGGACUACAGUUUACGGUGGAAUCUGAAUCACCGGAAUCACAAUACAAACAUGAAAAUUUCAUUUUUGAAAAUCCUUACAUGCUUGAUACGACCUUAUCUUCAUAUAGAAGCCUACUAAGUAAUGAGUUCUUACCCAUUGAGCCACUGUGACUCCUUAACAUAAACAAUAUUAUAAUUUUACCUUCAGUGCCGUGAAUCUCAUAAAUACGUAUAAAUAAUAAUCGACAAUAUCUGAAGAUUUAAAAAACUAUAAAUGGCUUCAUAUUUAUUAUUAAAUAUACAGAAUAGCUUUAAAAACGUUUGUAUUUUGUAAUACAAACGUCAGUUACAAUAGUAACAUAAGUAUGCAAGUUCGGAUUUGCUGAAUUCUAUAAAUUUUACUGCAACGACCUGUUUCCUAUAUGCGUAUGCCAUCGCCAUGUAUUGUGUGUUUAUUAUAUAUUAUGUCAAUGGCAUAUAACCUCACUUCCCAACUUUACGUUAAUUGAAAUGGAAAGUUAGUUAUUGAUCUAUGUGGCAUAUUGUUAAUACAUAAACAAUAGAGACCAUGUAAAACACACAAACAUGAAAAUAUUUUGCUUCAGGAUUAGAUACGUAAUUUACUUUUUAUAUGCAGUUUUUACAUUGAUUAUUAUCAGACAGAUUUUAUAUACAACUGAUAACAACAAUGUGCCCGAAGAAGAUGUUUUUUUACAGGAGAAUUUUCUGAAAAAUCAUACAAAGUACAAAGAAAAUGAGAAGUAUGAAAAGUGGAUCAGUAAAUAUAUUCAAAGUAUUUUACCAAAAUUGGGUGAAUAUGGGAAACCUGCUUAUUUGACGGGAGAAGAAAAAGUCAAAGGAAAUAAAGUUUUAAAAGAUAAAGCAAUAAAUAUUAUUCUUUCGAAUAAAAUACCUUUACAAAGGAAAUUGCUAGAUGUAAGAGAUCCACUUUGUAGAAAUAUAACUUAUGAUAACUCAUUACCAGGAGCAAGUAUAAUUAUAAUUUUUCAUAAUGAGGCCUUUAGUGUACUUUUACGCACAGUCUACAGUGUUCUCAAAGAGACACCACCAAGAUUAUUGAAGGAAAUUAUUUUAGUUGAUGAUAAAAGCGAUGAAGAAGAACUAUUAGGACUGUUAGAUUAUUUCAUUAAAACAAGAUUACCAAAAAAAGUAAAAUUACUAAGACUGGAAAAGCGUAAAGGAUUAGUAGGAGCAAGGUUGAAAGGAGCUACAAAUGCAACAGGAGAUGUACUAAUGUUUUUAGAUGCUCACUGUGAAGUAACAAAACAAUGGUUGGAACCACUUCUCCAACGAAUAAAAGACAAGAGAAAUGCAGUUGUUACUCCAAUUAUUGAUAAUAUAUCAGAAGAAACUUUUGAAUAUUCUCAUAGUGAUGACCCAUCAUUUUUUCAAGUUGGUGGUUUUACAUGGUCUGGACAUUUUACAUGGAUAAAUGUACAAGAAAAAGACUUAAAAGCCAAAAGCUCUCCCAUAUCUCCAGUAAAUUCACCUACAAUGGCUGGAGGUCUUUUUGCUAUUGAUAGAAAGUAUUUUUGGGAAAUAGGAAGUUAUGAUAAAAAAAUGGAUGGGUGGGGAGGGGAAAAUCUCGAAAUAUCAUUUAGAAUAUGGCAAUGUGGAGGUGUGCUUGAAACUAUUCCCUGUUCUAGAGUAGGUCAUGUAUUUAGAAAUUUUAUACCUUAUACACUACCAGAACAUAAAGAUACUCAUGGGAUCAAUACUGCAAGAUUAGCUAAUGUGUGGAUGGAUGAUUAUAAAAGACUGUAUUACUUACAUCGUGAUGAGUAUAAAUAUGACACACAACUAAUUGGUGAUGUGAAAGAUCGCAUAAAUUUACGUGACAAAUUAAAGUGUAAGAGUUUUAAAUGGUAUUUAGACAAUGUUUAUCCUGAAAAAUUUAUACCAGAUGAAAAUGUGCAAGCGUUUGGUAGAGUUCGAGCGGAAAAACGAAAUUUGUGUCUAGAUAAUUUACAACGUGAUGAAGAAAAACCAUAUAACUUGGGAUUGUAUGAAUGUCAUUCACAACUUUUCCCUAGCCAGUACUUUUCAUUGAGUAAAAAGGGAGAACUGAGAAGAGAAGAUACAUGUGCCACUGUAAUCGAAGAUGAAAAUAAAAAAGAUACUUUUAAAGUUUGUAUGAAAGAGUGUGAAGAAAUUGAAGAUGACAAAGAAUGGAUUUUGACAGAGGAUGGAAAAAUUUUGCAUUUGAGGACUGGAUUGUGCCUUGAUACCACAGGUAUUAAGAGUAAAGAUGACGUUAUAGCAACUGCAUGUUCUGAUUCUCAAGAUCAGUUUUGGCAGUUUGACUUUUAUGGUGAUAAAAUCAACCCCAGAUAAAAUAUA